AUGUGUGCCAGUAAGUCCAGGCAACUCGGACACGCUGGCGGAACUCGGCAGAUCGACAAUCUGCAGAGAAGCAAACAGAAGCUGGAGAAGGAGAAGAAAGAGUUCAGACUGGAGGCCGAUGACCUGGCCUCCAACGUGGAGCAGCUGUCCAGAGCCAAUAACUACUCCACCAGACACUUCCCCUCCUACGUCACUGCCCAGAUCCUGCUUCGUCAGCCCCUGGUUAAAGAGCACCAGGUGGAGCUGGAGGAUAAAGUCCAUUUGACCAAUCAGCUGAAGGAACAGUUCCUCCUGUUGGAGCGAUGCUGUUCUCUGAUGACAGCGGAGGAGGAGGAGCUCCGUUUGGUCCUUGAGCAGAACGACUGGGUCCGCAAGAUGGCCGAACACGAGCUGCUGGAGGUCGUAGAGAGAGUGAACAUGCUCUCCACACAGGGGAGAUUCAGUCUGAUGAACCACAGGAAGAAGAUGGAGGCCGAUCUGUCUGUGCUGACAGGAGAGGUGGAGGAGGCCAUACAGGAGAGACGCAGCUCUGAUGAGAAAGCAAAGAAGGCCAUCACUGAUGUGAGGGAGCUGCAGACGGAGCUGAUGGUCGAGCAGAAGAAGAGCGACGACUAUCAGAACGGAGUCCUUCGCUACGAGAGAAGAGUCAAAGAGCUGACGUACCAGACGGAGGAGGACAGGAAGACUCUGCUCCGGAUGCAGGAGCUUGUGGAGAAGCUCCAGACCAAAGUCAAGAGCUGCAAGAGACAAGCUGAGAACGCUGAGGAGCAGGUGAGCGGCACUGCGGUGCGUUUCAGGAAAGUCCAACACGAGCUGGACCACGCCGAGGAGAGAGCUGACAUCGCCGAGACGACGGUCAACAAGCUGCGCAUUCGAACCCGCGAACAAACCACCAAGGUCUCCGUGAUCACUGAAUGA